AUGAACAAAUUAUCAUUGCCUACAGAUCUCAAAGACAAUGAGUUCUUUGAUGAAGAUGCUAUUUCUAAAUCAACCAUCUAGGCCUUAAAUAAUUCAUUUGAUAAAGAACAAUUAGAUGAAUAAAUUGAAAGACCAUUUACUCCUAUUGAUAAACAAAUCGAUGUUAUACCUAAAGAAUAGUGUAAAUUUUGUAAACGACAAUUCUUUCAAGGAAAACUUGCACUUCAUUUACGUAGUUGUACUGCUGAUCAUCCUUUUCUCAAAAAAUCCAAUAAAUAAAAAACAUUUAUACCUUUAACUUAACCAGCUAUUUAGCCCUGUCCUUAUUGUCAUAAGAAAUUAAGAAAUCCUUAAAUUCAUGCUUUAAAAUGUAUUGCUAGACCAAAAGCGUUAGAUAAAUAUCAAGUUAUCGCAUCUAUCAAUGAAGAAGAAGAAGCUGAUGAAACCUUACUCUAAGAACUAUCAUCAAGUUAACCUACCUUUUUACCUAAAAUCAAAUAGCGUCCAGAAAAUUUGCUAUCUCGCUCUGUACCCAUCGUUAAGUGUCCUUCUUGUUAGAAAACAUUUGAAUAAAAAGCAGCUGAUAAACAUAUCUAACUAUGUUUUCGCAUGAGUAGUGGCAAUAAAUUUUAGAGAAAUGUAUUCUGUACUAAUUGUGGUAACAAAUUCGCUAAUAACCAUAAGUACUGUGGUUCUUGCGGAAAAAAAAGACUAUUAUGA